AUGCAAAUAGUGGAAGCAGCUGAGUUUCCUGAGUUAUUUGAUGUACCUCAGCGACAAGUAACAUUGAGAGAGGCGGCAAGAGGCCAAAGUGUUGUGUCGAGCAGCAGUCGACAGAUACGGUGUGCUUGUAGAGGCAGAUGCACUGAUGGUCGAUGCCACAAAACUAGC